CAGCUGUUUAUCCUUAUAGGACUCAGUGGUGUUAGGGACAUCAUACAGCUGUUCAAUCAAAAAGGGAAUGUUUGUAAAUGGUAAUGUAAAGGCCGAUCAACAAAAAAUAUCUGUAAAGUAGUUUACAGCAAAAUCAAAAUGUUACAGAAAUGUUGCAUGUUAUCUGACUAGCAAUAGUUAAGUUGUAAUUAUAUUGAUAUAUUUACCUCACAUUCGGUAUCGACAUGUCUGGUCGCGGAGGUUAACUCAUAUUUUGUCUCGAUAUUUCUAGUUGUGGAGGUUACGUCAUGUUUGUCUCGAUAUUUGUAGUUGUGGAGGUUACGUCAUAUUUUGUCUCGAUAUUUCUAGUUAUGGAGGUUACGUCAUGUUUGUCUCGAUAUUUCUAGUUGUGGAGGUUACGUCAUGUUUGUCUCGAUAUUUCUAGUUGUGGAGGUUACGUCAUGUUUGUCUCGAUAUUUCUAGUUGUGGAGGUUACGUCAUGUUUUGUCUCGAUAUUUCUAGUUGUGGAGGUUACGUCAUGUUUGUCUCGAUAUUUCUAGUUGUGGAGGUUACGUCAUGUUUGUCUCGAUAUUUCUAGUUGUGGAGGUUACGUCAUAUUUUGUCUCGAUAUUUCUAGUUGUGGAGGUUACGUCAUGUUUGUCUCGAUAUUUCUAGUUGUGGAGGUUACGUCAUGUUUGUCUCGAUAUUUCUAGUUGUGGAGGUUACGUCAUGUUUGUCUCGAUAUUUCUAGUUGUGGAGGUUACGUCAUGUUUGUCUCGAUAUUUCUAGUUGUGGAGGUUACGUCAUGUUUGUCUCGAUAUUUCUAGUUGUGGAGGUUACGUCAUGUUUUGUCUCGAUAUUUCUAGUUGUGGAGGUUACGUCAUGUUUGUCUCGAUAUUUCUAGUUGUGGAGGUUACGUCAUGUUUGUCUCGGUAUUUCUAGUUGUGGAGGUUACGUCAUGUUUAUCUCGAUAUUUCUAGUUGUGGAGGUUACGUCAUAUUUUGUCUCGAUAUUUCUAAUCGUGGAGGUUACGUCAUGUUUGUCUCGAUAUUUCUAGUUGUGGAGGUUACGUCAUAUUUUGUCUCGAUAUUUCUAGUUGUGGAGGUUACGUCAUAUUUUGUCUCGAUAUUUCUAAUCGUGGAGGUUACCUGAUAUUUAUUUGGACCCGACAUUUCUAGUCGUGAAGGUAACGUCUUAAUGAUUUUGUCACGACAUUUCUAGCUUGGGAGCUCCGUGUCUUAGUUUAAACCUAAAUGAGGACACAAGAAUAAAUACAAUACCUUUAAUUGUAUUCCUUACACGAUAAGAAACGUAACCAAUAAGCCUGAAUCAAACCGAGGAUUAGUCCAGUGAGAUCAAACCAAAACAACACCGAGCACCGACAUAACAACUCAAACUCGAUAAACCGAAGGCUCAAAACAUGAACAAAAAGUAUAGACCCUUGAAUAAAAACAAGGAGAAUACGACCAGGCGCUCCGAAAGUCAAGCGUCUUCUGCUUUCAUCAUCGAUACACACCAUAUAAUCUAGGUCGAAUCUGGGUAUCUACUAGGCAUAUCAACUAGUAUUGAAGAUCCCUCACUUUAUAAAUCACAAAGGAAGAAAAUAUCUCCAAAUGGUAUCAUAAUGGCGACCAUAACAAUUUUCCGUGGUCUUCAUCAACUUGCAUCCCUCGAAACCUUGGGUUGUAAUUUUUCAGUCAGUAGCAGAUAUAUUUUGUAGAUAUUGGAAUGAUAAGAACAAAUAUUGGUAUAUCGAAUAAAAAUUGACAAGAAAUGGGGGUGUACCUGCCCUUGGAUUUCUGAAAAAAAUAACCCAGAACAUCCUAGGCAGAAUGCACCAUUCACGAACGGCAUGAAGAAAGUGUCCGCCACUACAAGACACGCAAACCGGUAAAACAGGUCAAUAAUAUGUUAUGGUAUAAUACAAAGACUGCAUUAAGGAGACAAAUAGCAAAUAUAUAUAUAUAGUCGGAAACAAAAAUAUCUUGCUACUAAGCGAAGUGCUAGAGUAUUUAGAUGCUUUAUGACAUUCCCAUAAUUGUAUCAACAUAGCUCUUCUGUCUGUCUGUCUGUCUGUCUGUCUGUCUGUCUGUCUGUCUGUCUGUCUAGGAAGUAAGAGAGAGAGGGUGGAGUAGGGCGGAAAAGAGAAGUCUAGGAAAUGAUGUUGUAACAUAUAUAUGUCCAUUUGUAUAGAAAAUAUAGAGCGUAACGUUAACCUCAAGAGAAAGAAUGAUCGUCGCUAAAUCCGGUUACUGGGCAAGCUUCUCUGGGAUAAUGGCUUAUUGCCAAUGCUUCCGCCCUCGCACUAUACACUGGACAUCUUUUGUUAUAUAAUGUAUACUAUAUAACAGUGUAAGCUUGAUUGAUUUAGACGAUAGUACCCCUGAGUAUGACACCAAGGACUUUAGACCUUACUCUCCGCUGCUCGAUCGUCACUUGCAUGAGUGUAAAACAGUCUAAUUGUAUUCUUCCGUCCAUCUCCUUGGCGGUAUUUCUUAUGUUUUUUGGGUUUUUUUUUUUUUUAUUGUUAUUAUUAUUUUAUUCAUAUCAUUAUCCUAAUUCUACCAGUUUCUAUGUUAGUUUGAAUACCUAGUAUACUUACUCUUCGUUGUUUUGUUGUUGUUAUGGCCAUAUCCUUGCUAUCUUCCUAUCAAACCUCUGUUUUGAUUACAUCUAUAUGACGUAACACUGUGGAGGAAUGUUUCUCCCGUUACUAAGGUUGUGGUGCACCAAGUGUAACAUCUAGGCACAUUUAGAAUAUAGACAAAAGUCAGCGAUAAAAUAGAAAAGUCCGUACGGGUAGAAUGUUGGUGUAUUCUCACUUUAAAACUAUAUUCAUUAAGUCAUUGUGUAAAUUGUCUUCUUUUUAUAACUUAACAAAAGUGUCAAAUUACUGAAGGCAACAUGGCAGAAUUGAUAAUUCAGGGGUUUAAUGAUUCUAGUGGAAUCGUUUUUUUCUUCUUUUUUUAUUUUUUUUUUUUUUUUUUUAUUUUUAUUUAUUUUUUUUUUUUUUUGAGGAUACUACAGCAGAUUUAAACCGUAUUAAGGGAUUGAAUCGAUCUUAUUCAUUGCGAUUAUGAAAAUGAAAAAGAAAUACAUUUAAUUCAUUUAUUUACAUUAGGAUUAUACGCAAUAGUAGAAUAACAUUAAGAACCGAGUUAUUUUGAUUUUUUAACUUUGCAUAGCAAAAUACGGGGAAUAUUUUUUUCUGGCGAAUUGGUAUUCGACUAAUGUAUUGUGUGGAAUAUCAGAACUUGAAAUGAUGUUUUCAAACUGUAUUCAUAAUGAUUUCAUGGUCAAAUGUUUGCUGUUUUUAUUUGGUGUGUUCAUAUUAAGAAUCAACACUUAAAAGUUGCACCAAUGUAAAUAAAUUAAUGUGAUACGAAUUGAUUUGACAAACAUUUCAAUAUUUUAAAUUUCAAAGAUUGUGUUUCAAAAUUUCCUUUUCAAAGUUUUAGGCAUGAAAUUCAUUUACAUUUAAGACCAUAUUUUGGUACUAUUCUAGCCAAAUUAGUAUACGUAUGGGGAAACAAUUAUACUGGAAAGUCGUCCAUUGGAUCGAAUACCGGUAUGGAUUUGAAUUAAUCUCGAUAACAUAUCACAAACUGUUGUUUUUGCAGUUUCUAAUCGGAAGUUUUAACUUAAACAUAUUACUGGGAAUAAUGGGAAUGCAGUGUUAAAUUAUCAACGUAUAUAUAAAGAUACUGGAGUGUUAAAGUAUAGAUAUUGGUAUAACACAGGUACAACUAUACGGGAUGUUAAAUGAUUGAUAUAGGUAUAAUAUAUGUAAAAAGAUACCGGAAGUAAAAGGAUAAAUAUAUGUAUAAUAUAGGUACAGAUAAAGAUACUGUAGUGUUAAAGUAUUGAUAUAAAUAUAAUAGAGGUAUGAAGAUACCGGAAAUUAAAUGAUAAAAAUAGGUAUAAAUAGGGAUAAAGAUAUCAGAUUGGUAAAUGAUAGAUAUAGGUGUUAUAUAGGUAUAAAGAUAUAAAAUGAAAGGUAUAAUAUGGGUAUUGAAAUAAUUCAUAAUAUUUUUUAAUAAUUUUCAAAUUAUAGAUAUAGGUAUCACAAUAUAAAGAUAUAAAAUGAACGGUAUAAUAUGGGUAUUGAAAUAAUUCAUAAUAUUUUUAAUAAUAUUAAAUGAUAGAUAUAGGUAUCACAUAGGUAUCAAGUCAACAGCUGUUAAAUGAUUGAUAUAGGUAUACAGAUGUCGAUGUUAAAUGAUAGGUAUAAUCUAGGUAUAUACGUAAUACUAAUUGGUUAAUUAAAACAGUAUGAAUAUACUGGAGUUUUUAAAUGAAUGCAACGUACAAAUUAAUCAUUCAACUCAGGUUGUUACCGAACAUGACAUGAAGAUAAACAAACCAUGUUUUAGAUGACUGGUGAGCAUUGCUGUGCUGCAUUCCAAACGUAACAGACCCGAUUACGACAUGAUUGACGUGCCCUAAUUCCAUGAACGUGCAAUUGUACGUGUUGGCGUGUCUGAGCUAAAAUCUGAUAAAGUCGAAAUUAAGACGACGUUUCAGCAGGAAGAAAGUAUAUACAAAGGUAUACUCCACCGAGGAAGGUUUGGGAAGUAUAACACUACAGUUCUGACAUCCGGGCAGAUUACCCAUCAUGGCGAGCAGAUUAGAUCACUGGGCAGACAUCUUGGUUCUCUUCAUAUACUUUGCUGUUGUCUUAGCUUUGGGAUUAUGGACGAUGAAGAGGCCAAACCGUGGGAACGUACAGAGUUAUUUCCUUGCGGGACGUUCAAUGAAAUGGUUUGUGGUAGGUUCAUCAAUAUUUGCCACAAAUAUUGGAAGUGAACACUUCAUGGGACUGGCUGGAGCUGCAGCUUCCACGGGAAUAGCCAUGAUAUUAUUUGAAUGGCUUGCGAUAUACCUCCUAAUACUUUGUGGAUGGUGUUUUGUACCUGUAUUUAUAUCAUCUGGGGUUUAUACUAUCCCAGAAUACCUAGAAAAACGAUUUGGAAGCAGGAAAGUCCGUAACUACUUUGUUAUGAUGACUCUAACCUUCGCCAUUGUCAUCAAACUGGCGGGCAACAUGUUUGCAGGGUCGUUGUUUAUUCAAUUAGCGACAGGAUGGAACAUGUACUUGUCUGUCACGGCAUUGUUGAUCAUCACAGCGUUGUACACAGUACUGGGUGGUCUGACAGCGGUCAUGUACACAGAUACACUGCAAACUGUUAUAAUGAUUGUUGGCUCCUUCAUAUUGGCCGGAAUCUGUUAUCAUAAGGUUGGGAGUUGGACAGAGUUGAAGGUACGAUACAUGGCCGCCAUACCGAGCGUUCUCCAGAACAACACCACGUGCGGUUACCCUAGCGCUGACGCGUUCUCCCUUUAUCGUGAUCCGGUGAAUGGAGAUAUACCAUGGACAGGACUUCUGGCUAUGACGACAAUGGGCAGUCUAUUUUACUGGUGUGGAGAUCAGGUGAUUGUCCAGAGAUAUCUGGCCGCCAACACACUACAAGGAGCCAAGGCCGGGGCGGUGUUGGCCAGUGUCCUCAAGAUUUUACCCAUGUUUGUCAUGAUCAUCCCGGGACUCAUCAGUCGAGUGCUCUUCACAGACGAAGUGGCUUGUGUUGAUCCUGCCGAAUGUCUGAGGAUUUGUGAUAACCCAACAGGAUGUACAAAUAUCGCCUACCCUAAACUGGUGUUAGAGCUACUGCCGACAGGUAUGAAGGGAUUUCUUAUGGCGGUGAUAAUGUCGGCCAUUAUGAGUUCCCUGACAUCUAUAUUCAAUAGUUCCAGUACAGUGUUUACGUUAGAUUUGUGGCGGCAGUUUAGACCCCUGGCCAAUCAGAGAGAGCUGCUCAUAGUGGGCAGGGUUUUCGUGGUAUUUAUGUGUAUAGCGAGCAUUCUCUGGUUGCCACUGAUCAAGGGAUCACAAGGAGGACAGUUGUACAACUAUGUAAACAUGGUACUAUCCUGUCUUAUGGAGCCGAUGAGUUCUGCAUUGGCUCUAUCUGUCUUCUGGAAGCGAACGACCGAAAAUGGUGUGUUUUAUGGAUUGUUAAUAUCACAUGCGGUCGGUGUAGUGAGACUCGUAAUUGAGUUCUUGUACCCUAUUCCACCUUGUGGCACGCCGGAAACGAGGCCCGCUUUUCUAUACAGAGUACACUUUAUGAACUUCGGUGCUAUCCUCAUACUGUUUAGCGGUAUUGUCAUCAUCAUUCUCAGCUUACUUACCAAACCAAGGACAGAAGAACAGAUGAAAAACGUUACAUACUGGACACGAAUGAAAUUCCCGCCUUUGAAACCAUCGACAGAAGAACCUGAGUUAUCAGAACAGUGUGAGGACAAUGAAGCAUCGGACAAGAAACUUGACAUAGACGAUGAUACCAGCAAUGUCGAUGUGGAUGUCGAGGGACACAAGGAUAACAGAACUGCUUCAGGUAUAUGCCGAGAUCGCCUUUUAUUCUUCCUUCUUGGAACUUCAGACAAAGGAAACAACCUCAUGGAAAUGACUUUUGAACAAAAACGAAUAUUUCUCACUGAAAACGCCAAAUGGUCCCCAUGGAUUUCUUCCUCAGCUCUCGUUACCAUGGCAACCAUGUUUUUCUUAAUAGGAUACUUUCGAUGAAAACUUGGGAGAGGUCAUUAGCCUAUGGUUUACCUGCAUGAUAAUGACAAUCUAAUAAUUGCAGCUGUACAUUAUCGAAGAUCUCGAAAUCACGCUAUGUAUUUCCUUGCUCCCGAAGAUACAUUUUCCUUAAUUUCUACGAUAUGUGUAUCCCAACCUUCAGCUGUGCCUCCUGAUUAACAAACCUAGCUUUCAUUCAUUUUCCUUAAUAGCUUACAAUAGUAUAUUGUUUUUUAAAUAUAUAUAUAUCAACAGCGCUUGCCUGACCCUAAUCCAAGCGUUUAUGUUUUCCCAAAAUCACUAGAUGUGUUUCCCUACUCCCUAUGCUGCGUUUCCUUUUAAACUCUGAUGAAUGUGUUUAACAAUUGUAAUCACCAGGUUCAUUUGCCAUGUGCUACGUAUACAAAUAGAUCUCAUGGUACAUGUGUAUUUAUACGCGAUGACACUUCACAAAGUCAAUGUGAUCAGGUUUUUUUUUAAAAGUUGUAUAUAUGUAUUUUUUUUAUGAAACAAAUAAGAUUCCAAUGACUGCAAUAUCCAAAGUAAGAGUUGUGUUCUAACACAAAUAUUGCAAACCGAGCAAGACAUAAAGCUUUGAUGUCAUCGAAAAGAGGAGUUGAGAGUGGAAAAUCAUUACUGCGAAAAUCACAUAGACCUUCAUGUGAAUCUUUGGUGAGCGAUGGCUACUAAAUAAAAUCAAAAGCUGACUGAGACAACUGUGUACUGAUAUGGGUCUUAUAGCGAGAAAGCACGAGAGGGUCGUGGGGAUGGAGCGAAUGUAAUGCUUGUUAGCAUUGCAUACAUGUUGGUUGUAUUUUUAUAUCAGAUUAAUAUAUGUGUGGUUUUAUAUGAAAUUUUAUCAGCUUGUUCUAAUAAACUUUUUAUUAAAGGCAUA